AGUGGACGCCACCUUCUACAGCCGGCGUGUGGGCCACAUGACGGAGCUGACCCCACCUCCACGCCACCGCCGACCUCGGGGAUGUAUAAAUAAAGGAGCAGAAGGAAGAAGAGGAACCAGUAGCUGAACAGACCAGAUGAAGAUGAAGAUGGAGCUCACAGGGGUGAACUGGGUGCUUGCAGCUGCAGGGUUUCUCCUGUGGACCAGUGGAGGGCUUGCUGCACCCAUGGAGUGCCACUUUGACUCCAGAGCUUUGUGCGUGUUCGAGGGGAGGCAGUACGCUCUGGGGGAAACCUGGAUGGACAACGCGUGUAUGCAGUGCACCUGUCUGCACCCUGUAGGAGUGGGUUGCUGUGAGACGCUGCAUCGACCGGUGGACUUCCCCGCGUGGUGCCGGGUGCGGGUGGAGCCGGUGACCUGCAAAGUGUCCCUGGUCCAGACAGCGGACCCCCGUCUGCCCUGCUCCCCAUACGAGGACAUGAAGGACCCGAGCCACGGAUCUCUGCAGCUGCAGCAACAUCUGGAGGGGUAGAAAACUCUCCGGCAAUCAUCUCUCUCUUCAGUCUCUAGAGGGAAACCAAUCCUCACUCUUUUACAUUUUACACACAAACUGUACUUAAAUAUAAAUAUAUAACAUAUAAAGCAUCUGUAAUGUUUGGAUUGUAUCUCCAAUGAAGGAAAAGAAAAUGUUAAAGUUGAACUGCAGUGUUUUAAAGCAGAUAUUAGGAUCUGAUACAUGAAACAUUUAGUAUAUAUUUAAUAUAUUUAGUUAUUAUAGUAUGCUUUUUGUCCUUUAAUGUCUGAUAUAAGCUUCAUACUAAAAUGUAGAAGCUGUAUUCUUUUACUACAGGUUGUUUGGGGACAUCUUUAUACCAUUUAUUUUCUUUACUAUCUACUUAAUGUACAUAUAAACAAAUAUAUAUGUUUAUUAAUAUAUAUCACUGUGUGUUGGGUCUGACCUGUUCUCUGCUGUAACACAUUUAACUUUCAAAUAAAAAACUCUGUUCAUAAAGAGAAA